CCGGGGCGCGCGCGGCCGCCGCGGGGCCCCCCCGAGCCCGGGACCCCCCCGGGACCCCCCCCGGGACCCCCCGGGACCCCCGGGACCCCCCCGGGACCCCCCGCGCCCCGCCCCCAGCGCAGCGCGGCCGCGGCUCAGGUGAUGGUGGCACCUCGGCCCGGGCCCAGGUGACGUCGGUGAGGUGCCACCUGCCCAGUGGUGGCCUCGGAGCUGCUUCCCGCUGUCCCUGGGGUGGCACCUCAGGUGGCACCAGCCCUGGAGCUGCCCUGGGACCCCACAAAGGCCCUCGGGGACACCCCUGCCACCAGGACCCCAAGCUGGGGACAUCGCCACGGACUGGCCACGGGGACAGUGACCAUCCGCAGAGCCACGGAGCGGCCGUGGGGCCACCGAGCCACUGCCCGGCCAUGGAGCUUCGAGCUUCUGUCACCGGCCCCGGGACACAGGCGGACACCCCGGACUGCGGGCACUGCCACCCAGCCGAUGUCACCGGGGAUCGGCCAUGGCCACGUCCCUGCAGUGCUGGGGACAGACAGACCCGGCAGCUGCGGUGACACCGAGCACCCCGAGGUGACACCGAGCACCCCGAGGUGACACCAACCACUGGCUCCUCUGGUGACACCGAGCACGGGCCCUGUUGGUGACACCAAGCACUGGCUCCUCUGGUGGCCUCCUGUCACCCCCGGGUGCUCUGGUGGCUGAGGGACAGGAGCCUGGGGACACCCAGGAUGUGCUGGUAGGAGUUGGUGGCACUGCUCUGUCCUGUGCCACCAUCGCUCUGUGCCACGUCCCCUCACCCUGUGCCAUUUAAUGUCACUCUGUGCCAUGUUAAUGUCACUCUGUGCCACAUCCCAGUGUCUGUUCUGUGUCCCCAUCGCUCUGUGUCACAUCAGCGUUGCUCUGUGCCGUGUCACCUCCCUCUGUGCAAUGUCACCAUCGCUCUGCGCCGUGUCCCCAUGGGUCUGUGCCACAUCCACGUCACUCUGUGCCAUGUGCAUGUCACUCUGUGCCACAUCCAUGUCACUGUGCCACAUCUAUGUCACUCUGUGCCACAUCCAUGCUGCUCUGUGCCAUGUCCCUGUCACUCUGUGCCACAUCCUGUCACUCUGUGCCAUGUCCCUGUCCCUCUGUGCCACAUCCAUGUCACUGUGCCACAUCUAUGUCACUCUGUGCCACAUCCAUGUCACUGUGCCACAUCCAUGUCACUCUGUGCCACAUCCAUGCUGCUCUGUGCCAUGUCCCUGUCCCUCUGUGCCACAUCCAUGUCACUCUGUGCCAUGUGCAUGUCACUGUGCCACGUCCCUGUCCCUCUGUGCCACAUCUCAGGGGCAGCAGUGCCACAGCAGUGCGCACGUGACGGGUGGCACAUGGCAGGUGACAUGUGGCACGUGGGGAGCGGCACACGGGGGGUGGCACACAGGGGUGGCAGUGUCCCCUGUCCCCCAGCGCAGGGGACAGCCGGGGGCUGGCGGGGACCUCGGGGCACGGGGGCCGUGUCCCACCACAGCCCCGUCCCCGGGGGCUCCGCGUGUCCCCGUCAUCGUCCCUCCUUGUCACCCGCUCCCUGUCACCGCGGGGCCACCGCGGGGCCACCGUCCCUGUCCCUCUCGGGUCUUUUUGCGGUCUGGGCUUGCUGUCCCUCCCCAGCCAGGAAGCCCUUACCCCAAAAAGCAUCCGCGGGGCGGCGAGCCAGCGGGGCCGCGGGGACCCCAGGUGAGUGGGGGGCUUUGGGGACACCAGGGGACAGCGGGGACAGCCAGGGGACAGCGGUGCAGGGGGGACAGCGGGGACAGGGGGGACAGCAGAAAUGGGGCCACGAGGCCACCACUGCUCCUGGCACGCUCGGGGACCUCCGGGGGGUGACACUGGGGACACCCCGGCGUUGGGGAGAGGUGACACUGGGGGUGCCGGGGGGCCACAACAGGUCCCCAGUGCUCCCAGUUUGGGUGCCCAUCGCUGCCCAGUGCCGCGGGAGGGGCCGAAGGGCGCCCGGUGGCCGUGACAGCCCUGCUGGCGCUCGGCCCUGGGGAUGGGGACAGGGAUGGGGACACGAGUGACAGUGGGGA